AUGAAAGGCACUUGCAGGUAAGGAAUAAGGAGCAAAGAACCAUAGAGUGGGAAGGGAUCUCAAGGAUCAUCUAGUCCAGCGCCCUGAAAAUGCAGGAGUACGCAGCUGUCUCUUACAGGGAUCAAACCUGCAACCUUGGCAUUAUGAGCACCGCACUCUAACCAACUGAGCUAUCUUAGUAGUAAUAACUUAUUUUGCAGGGAAUUUUGAUGAAUGUAUUCGGUUAACUACAUCAGAUCUAUAUCUAUCUAUCGAUCGAUCUAUCAAUCAUCUAUCAUCUAGCUAUCAUCUCUAUCUAUCUAUAUCUAUCUAUCUAUCUAUCUAUCUAUCUAUCUAUCUAUCAUCUAUCUAUCUAUCUAUCAUCUAUCUAUCUAUCUAUCUAUCUAUCUAUCUAUCUAUCUAUCAUCUAUCUAUCUAUCUAUCUAUCAUCUAUCUAUCUAUCUAUCAUCUAUCUAUCUAUCUAUCUAUCUAUCUAUCUAUCUAUCAUCUAUCUAUCUAUCAUCUAUUUAUUUAUCUAUCUAGCAUCUGUCAUCAGUCUAUCUAUCUGCAAUUUAAUCUGGAGAGAUGUGUUUAAGGUGGGUCUCCCUAUCUGUUUCUUAGACUUUUGGCUAAUAGGAAGCAUUUGGAAGCUAGGUAGGCUGUGUGUUUUUCAGAACUCCAGUAAUGUCAUAUGCGACUUUAGGAGAAAUUGACAAUUGUAGGUUAUGUAUUCCCCCACCCCUAUAAUUCCAUAUUAUACCACUGCAACUUAGUCCAGGGUUAUUCAGACCUGUUUCUUCCCACAUCAGAUUCUACUUCUUUAAAAAUGUCAAAUUGUAGAAAAGAUGGUGCUGGCAGGUCAAAUCCUGUUUACAGCAUGAUUCACUUAUAGCCUCUCCCAGCUAAUAAAUGCCACACAAAUAUCUAGCCGAUCUUCCAACUGACGUGUGUGUGUGUGUGUCUAAUGUAUAGUGGGGGAGAGCACAAAGAGAUGACAAAUUUGGUAGGUCCCUUGAGAAAUUUUUGUGGGUCUUUGUGUGUGUGUGUGUUUGUGAUGUACAAACCAUACCCGAGGCUCUGCAAAAUAAACUUUCAGCAGUUGUGGCUUUCUGGAUUAUAGCUUCUCAGCUCCUGGUAGAAGUGUGGAGCUCACUCUUUCUUAAUGGGCAGCUCUGCAAGGGAUGGAAGGAAAGCCUCCAGACGUGGAUGGAGAAAAGGGUCAGUGACUGUUCCUCCCAGGCCUCACAGAGGCCCCGGAACCAAAGAACUGUUAUGUUCAAUUACAAUAUAAUUGCAUAAGGGAAAUUUAACUAAUCCAUCUUGGCGUUAAACCAAUCCAGUAGUGAGCAUGCAAGCAAGUGGAUGGCAAGGUCUAGAUUGGAAUCGAUCUCAAUUGAAAGCAGCAUGUUGAUGACAAGUGUGAAUGAACCCAGAUUGAGAAAAACUACAUUUUUGUGCUACAAACGGGUUAGUGUGCAUACACAGCCUAAGUAAGCGCGUGCGCACACACACUUUUUGUGCAUGUGGAUUGCACUAAGGAGCAGAAAAAUAAAAGGAAUGCAAAUUCAGACACAGAAAAGUCUUCCAACCACACCUGGUGAAAUACUACCACUGUUCAAAAAUCUGACCCUUGCCAUACACUCUAAACUGGUGCUGCCUUGGUUUCAUUUUAUCCUGAAAGUAAACUCCUUGGAGCCUGCUUAAUCUCUGGCUUUAUUUCCUGUUGUCCUUAAGAUGCAAUGAAUACAGACCUCUCUCUGUCUCUGUAGAACAAAAUGACUUCAUUGUGCUUAGGUCUCAUACUGCACAAGGUAUUUUUCCGAAGUAGCAAAUGCAAUUUGUAAACUGAUCGGAGAUACACAAUUUUUUUUAAAAAAAAAAUCAUCGAAUAACUCUUUGCUAUCACAAAGCUGAGCAAAACGGGCAAUUUUAUAUCAGCAAUAUAUGCACACUUCCAGGAUAAGAGAAAGAUAAUCUGUUUUGUUUUAAAAAACCAAGUUAUGACACAUUCAUUUUGAAGGUGAUGUUGGUAUUGAAAGCCAGUGUUACCAGGUGAAUGGGCUCAACUUUCAGAAUUCUUUGAGGAAAGCCAAGAUAAUAUCCCUGCGCCUUAAGCGUUACAGCAGUGCUGUUUUAUUAGAAAAUGCAGACUAUGUAUCUAUUCUUUUUCAGGUGUUUUCGACACUUUACAUGUCUCACUCUUUGCCUGGGAGCGAUAGCCUUGAUAGGAUUCUUUCAGCGCAAUGUAAAGCUUAGCACGUAAGUUGAUAUUCUAAUAUGGCUAAACCAGACAGGACAACUGCUACCAGAGAACUCAACCUGUUAAAACCAACCACCAGAAACCCUAGAUAUUUCUCAUAGGCAUACCGGUGAUCUUUGAUGGUGAUAGUGACCUGACCUUUGGGCCAAAUCUCUUCUGCAUGCAAAGCAGACACACUAUCAUGAAGACAAGGCCCUUCCCUUAAAAAAAUAAUUUGGUAUUUUCUCAUUGUGGAUAAAAUAUUCCAGGGGAUGAAAUCUGCAACACAUCUAUUUAUUCUGAUUAAUUCCUGUUCACUUGACUUUCAUUUCUCAAGGACGGUAUUCUAUAACAAGGACAGUAUUCUGGCUAUUCAGUUGGCAAAGGAAAAGAGCCAAAAUAUUGAGAGCCCUGGUAUGCAGAGUGCAGAGUUUUGCUUGUGAAUCUGGCUAGACAGUAGACUGUUGCAAGCACACAUGGAUCAGAAGUGCCAUUGGGCUGGGGGGCAAGCCUCCCCCAAACUUUUCAAGGGGGUGGUUGGGCCCCCUCAAUAUUCUGCAGCCUGCUGGGCCCCUUCGGGCCCUGCUGGGCCUACCUGCAGUUGUGGUGGGCCCCACUGGGCCUUCCCACAGCUAGCAGAAGGCUGCACCAGCCCGCAGAGUGUUAGGAGGCGCUGCAGGGACUGGCACACCUGGCGCAAGGUUGCACCAGCCUGCACAUCAUCUCCCGACACAGAAGGCUGCACCUAAUUUACAAUGCAAUCCUAUUCACACUUACUUGGAAGUUAAUAAUUCAGUGGGCCUAGGCUCCAAGAAAGUGCAUGCAAGGUUGCAGCCUAAGAGUUGCGUGGGAUGGUUCUAAUGGCACCCUAUUGAGUUGCAUCAGCUGGAGGUAGAAUUCUCUGAGAUUGGAUAAGCAAAAUGCAGCUCUGGUUAAAAGGGUUUUCAUUAUCUCCACAGCAAAGUGCAAAAGGAGAUCAAAUAAGGACAAAUGAGCAGUAGGCAGUUAUAAUAUACAGUUACUGACUCACACUUGGAUGUACGAAACAGUUAACCUGAGCCCUGAGCUCAAGUUACCAUGGGAGGGCUAAGCAGGCUCCCAGCAGCCUUUACCUCUCUCUGCUUCCUGGGGUAAAAAAAAAGCUGCAGCCAAGCGUGGCUUCCAGCUCAUGUGAACGAAACUUUCCAAAAGGAGGUUUUUACUGCCUGCCUCUUUGCUAAUGCAAAAACUGCAUUGGGUUUUUUUUGGUAAGGAACACAAGUUCUUUCUUUUUAAGUCAUUUGGAACAUUUUUCUUCUUUAUUUCAUUGCCAAUGGAUGGAGACUUGUUUGUGGUAGCUUCUGAAACUCUGUGAGUAAAAUCUUCACUUAUUUGCAGAGUAAAAUCUUCACUUAUUAUCUCUGAGAUUUAUUCUAGCCUAGGUAUUUUCAUGGGGAAUAUAUGUUUAAAUGUGGAUGCAGGCAGAUGUAAAUCUAAUGUUUUUAUGUGCUUGGAGCAAUCACCAUUGUGCUAACUCUGCUAUGAGAGAGGAUGGAUCUUUUCCAAACCUUUCUUUUCAGCAGGUGGGAAGGGUGGCAUCUGGAGUUUAAAAAGAUUCUACCCCUUCUUUAUUCAUUUUAUAUUCAUGUAGCCUGAGACCUGUUUCCAAACCCUGCCAACCUACCACAAAUGUCAUGUUCCUCAAGACACACAAAACGGCCAGCAGCACAGUCCUCAACAUCCUCUUCCGCUUCUCAGAGAAACACAACCUCACUGUGGCCCUGCCGUAUCACUUGCACUUCCACCUGGGCUACCCUGUGCACUUCAGAGCAACAUUUGUUGAGGAGUUCAGAACCAUUGGUCGACACUUCAACAUCAUGUGCAACCACUUGAGGUUUAAUUUGCCAGAAGUAAGAAAACAGAAAGGACUGCUAUUGCUGAUUACAGUGAAGUUGUCCUCCCCCCCCCCCCCGGUCUGCAAAAUUGAGUGAUGGCAACAUUGAGGAUGCAUUUCCACAGAGAUUUCAGGGGGAAUAAGGUCAUUCAGCAUAUCUGAUUGCACACAAACUAUACUGGGGCAGACCUUGGUAAUAUGCCGCUCUGCGCAAGGCCAUUUGAUGCCCUCCCUCCCCACAGCCCAUGUAGUGCCAGCUUAAGCCAGGCUAUGGGAAGGAGGCAUGAUGCUCUGGCAGGUUCCUAGAGCCCUCCUAUCUCCUUCCCAAAACACGAUGAGCAUUUGCCCAGCUCUGGGAAGGUGGCAGGAGGACUCUAAGACCCUGUCUGAGCUCUCCCUUCUCCUUCCCGAAGUCAGACAAGCAUUUACUGGGCUUUGAGAAGGCGCCUUCCUCAGCUGCGCUGCACCAUUCACACUGCCCCAUAUCCACCUCUGCCUGCACUUAACCAGCGUUGAUUUCUGUUCUGCAGAAAUAGCAUAACCCACACAGGGUGGGGAUGGGGACCUUUGGCCCUCCAAAUGUUGUUGCUCUCUUAACUCUCACCAGCUACGGUCAGCAUGGCCAAUGGAUGGAGAUGAUGGGAGUUGUAGUCUAGCAACAUCUGGAGGUCUGCAGCAGCAAGAGCUUCUGUGGGCAAAUUUUGGGAAACUGUUGAUUUGGGGAAUUAAGAUAACUGAUAUUCAAAAGUCUGGCAAAUUGCCCUUUUAGAGAAGAUUUCUUCUUAAAUCUAGGGGAUAUAGUACAAUGUAUUGAUUGCGCAAGAAAAAAUAUCCUCCUUCCUUUCCCAUAUCUUCAAUCUCCCUUGCUAAGGAUCCUGACUUUCUCUGUUCUGCUUUUUAUUACAAAGGUAAGAAGAGUAAUGCCACGUGAUACUUUCUAUUUUUCUAUCCUGCGGGACCCUCCUUCAUUGCUGGAAUCCUCCUAUGCUUAUUACAAAACAUAUUCACCAGCAUUUCAGAAAACCAAGACACUGAGUGAGUUUCUGGCAUCUCCUUGGACAUACUACAAUACAGGCAAAAAGGCUUGGAACUUUUAUGCCAGGAACUUCAUGUGGUUUGACUUGGGCUAUGACAACAAUGCAGAAUAUGAUGACUUCUACGUCCAGUCUGUAAUACAGGAUAUUGAGCAGAAUUUCCAGCUGUUGCUAAUUGCUGAAUACUUUGAUGAGUCCAUGAUCCUUCUGAAGAAUAUGUUAUGCUGGGACCUGGAUGAUGUGGUUUAUUUCAAACUGAACACCAGGAGCCUAGACAGUGUUCAGACUCUGAAUCCAGAAUACAAGGAAAAGGCGAAAGAUUGGUGUGCUCUGGACUGGAAACUUUACACACAUUUCAAUAACACCUUCUGGAUUAAGAUCCAAGAGAGGAUGGACCUAAAGACUUUGUACAAGGAGGUUGAACUUCUGCAGAAGAGACAGAAGGAACUGAUGGAGGUGUGCCUCUUGGAGGAAACAGCAGUUGAUGGAAGCAAAAUCAUAGACAAUAAACUGAAGCCCUUUCAGCUGGGGCUUGUGAAAAUCUUGGGCUAUAACCUCAAGCAGGAUUUAGACAAUAAGACCCAGACGAUCUGCCAAAAGAUGAUCAUGCCUGAGCUCCAGUAUACAGCAUAUCUGUACAGCCACCAGUUCCCAAACAAGACGAGAAAACCCAUAGACUUCCCCACUCCAUGA